GGAUCACGUGACUCCCUCUCUGAGUUUGCUGUGAAGCUAAAAGACAGAAACAAAACAAUGAGCGCUUCUAGCUGAUUUUCUCCUCAAAAACAAACAUCGAACCCGCGACAUAAAAUGCUUUAAGACGCAGAUUCAGGUGGAUUUGAACUAUCAACGUUUACCAGCAGAACCGGGUCCUCUGCCAGCAUGAAGACGGACGUCCCCUACAGCCAGCUGCAGGACUUGGACCGGAACCGGAGAGGAUCCAGCAGACAAACGCGGCUGCUUUCCAGAUGUUUGCUCCCUCUGGUCUCUGUGCUCCUCGUGGCUCUGGCUGCUCUGAGCUUCUACUUCCUCCUGACCCUGACGGCCGCCGCCACCUCCUCCUCCUCCUCCUCCUCCUCCUCCAAUCCUGAUCGUUCUUCUCCGAUCGUCAGUGGCCUUCCGGAGAAGGAGCAGACCUGCUCAGACUCCUGCAGAGUGGUUCUGGUGGAGAGCAUCCCUGUGGGCGUGGAGUUCAACUCCAGCACCGCCCACCCCUCCAUCUUCCAGGCGUGGAUGAGCCUGAUGAGCGAGGCGCGCAGCAGCGUGGACAUCGCCUCCUUCUACUGGACGCUGACCAACAGGGACACCGGCACUCAGGAGCCCUCGGCCGUCCAGGGAGAGACGGUUCUGCAGACACUGAGGGAACUGUCGGGGAAGCUGAAAGUACGGAUUGCAGUGAACGCACCACAGGAGAAACAACAAGAAGAUCUGAGGCUGCUCAACGACUCGGGAGCCGACAUCAGGGAAGUGAACAUGAAGGCUCUCACCUCCGGCGUUCUCCACACCAAGUUCUGGAUUGUAGACGGGAAGCACAUCUACAUCGGCAGUGCCAACAUGGACUGGAGGUCCCUCACUCAGGUGAAGGAGCUGGGCGCCGUGGUCUACAACUGCAGCUGUCUGGCUGAAGAUCUGGGGAAGAUCUUUGAAGCGUACUGGUUUCUGGGGGCGAGUGCGUCCAUCCCGUCCCCGUGGCCGUCCAGCUUCUCCACGCAGUUCAACAAGGACACGCCCCUCCAGCUGGCCCUCAACGACACGCCGUCCAGCAUAUACCUGUCGAGCUCCCCGCCCUCCUUCUGUGCAGCCGGCAGGACGCCAGACCUCCAGUCCAUCCUCAGCGUGAUGGAGGACGCCGAGAGCUUCAUCUACAUUGCCGUCAUGAACUACCUGCCCACCAUGGAGUUUUCUAAACCACAGAGGUACUGGGGCGACAUCGACACGCAGCUGCGGCGGCUGGCCUACGAGAGGAGGAUCAAAGUCCGGCUGCUGAUCAGCUGCUGGUCCAACUCCCAGCCCGUCAUGUUCCCCUUCCUGAAGUCUCUGGCUUCAGUCCACGACCCCAAGAGCAAGCUGGACGUCCAGGUGAGGCUGUUUGUGGUGCCUCCAAACCCCGGACCAGAAAUAAAAUACGCCCGAGUGAACCACAACAAGUACAUGGUGACGGACAAGGUGGCGUACAUCGGGACGUCCAACUGGUCGGGGGACUACUUUGUUCACACGGCAGGCUCCGCCUUGGUGGUCAACCAGACAGGGUCCCAGUCCGAGGACCCGACCGUCCAAUCCCAGCUGCAGGCUGUGUUCGAGAGGGACUGGGAGUCAGAGUACAGCACCCCCCUGAGCCAAAACACAGACCUCACAGCCUAUUGCUAGCCUCCUCCACGCCCCGCAGCUCAUAUCCUACCUUUGCCGAGGAGGGGGCGGGGGGAGGGCCCAGGGGGAGGAGGCAGCGUUCCUCAAACACUUGGACAACUCUGGGAGCUUUGAUCCCGGAUCAUCUCAGGGACAAAACUUUGAGUGUUUGUGAUUUCUUUUUUUAAUCAUCAUGAAAGUUUGAAGCUCAGACUGGAGUCCCAUGCUUUUACUGUGAAAAUCUCAUUUUUAACUGAAUAAAAACAGAUCACUAAGUGGAUUGAAA